AUGUACUGCACCCACUUAAUGACGCUGCAGCUGGUCGUCAUGGCAACGCUGUGGGUGACACCAGUGAGAGCGGGGACAGACUGCAUGUAUGGCUGCCGACUAAACAACAUGACCAUCACCGUGGAGAGAGAGGACUGUCACGGAAGCAUCACCAUCACCACCUGCGCCGGCCUGUGCGAAACGACGGAUCUGAACUAUCAGAGCACAUGGCUGCCGCACUCCCAGGGGGCGUGUAACUUCAAGGAGUGGUCCUACGAGAAGGUCUACCUGGAAGGCUGUCCAUCCGGAGUCGACCCCUUCUUCAUACCCGUAGCCAAGAGCUGCGAUUGCAUCAAAUGCAAGACGGACAACACCGACUGUGAUCGCAUAAGCAUGGCAACACCCAGCUGCGUAGUAAACCCACUAGAAAUGUAAUACUGUAGAGUUAGGCUGUUGCAGCAGCCAGUUUAUGUUAAGCAACGGUUUGACUAGUCUAUGGUACCGUUUCCAUUGUUGAUGUGCUAUCACAAUAAAACACUACUUAAGUCUAAACGUAUUUGCUUUUAAAAUAUACUUAAGUAUCAAAAGUAAAUGUAUA